CCAACUUGACCGCUACAUUCUUUUUACCCUCAGCGUCCUGUAUCAUUCAAUUUCAUAGCAGUACACUCUUUGAAAAGAGAAAACACUCAUUCACCUUUUAAAAUGCCUCCCCGUCCAUCUGAGAUAGCUGCUCAGAAGCGGAAUGCUAAAAAGAAAGAGAAAGUAGCGGCGAGACAAGUGUCUUUCGGCGCUGAGGUCGUAACCCCAGACAUAGCUGAUGACAUCGCAGAUAGCAAGCUGCAACGGUCUUCAAAGAAAAAAGCACUGGAGCGCAAAGUCUGGAAUGAUACAACCAGCAAUAAUCGCAAGCGUGCACCAACGGUGACUGAGCUUCUGUCUGCGCCUGCAACAAAGUCAGUAAGGAAGACACUGAAAGCAGUCGAAAAGACACAGAAAGCAGUUGAAGGUGGUGGUCGUGAGAGAAGCAGUGUAGCUUCCACUCUCACGAGUCACAAUGGUGUGUCAGUUGACACCGACAACUCUGCAAGUGAAUAUGGUAUCAACGACUCUGAAUCCAAUAAGUCAGAUGGUAAAGUCCUUGGUGAUCAACCUUUUGGCGACGAGGCCAUGAUCGAUAUGCUACAUCAGUCAUUGUUCGACAGCGAGAACUCGAUCAGAGUUCAAUCACAUGAAGAUUUUGUGUCGGUCUUAGAUGGCAAUGAUGAGCCGGAGCUCCCCAUAGCUAUGGUUGCCUUGAUUGCAACUGUUAUCUAUGCCAUACUGAUGGACUGGAGGAGCGGCAAUCCACCGUCGAGCUCUCAAGUCAAAUCAUUCAAUGCUACUGUCUACAUUAGCGUUUACAAAGCCCAUGAAGCAACCCUCACUCGGAUCUUUGAAGGCGGUAAAAAGAAGUAUCAUGCGCUGAUGGCAUGGCUUUACAAGGCUGUCUGUGUGUCGGACAAUGUGUUGCUGCCAUCUGGUGCGCUGAGCAACUUCGACUACCUCGAUCUCAGUGCAAUGUCCGAGGAUUGA